AAGUUAAAAACGGCUCGACUUUACCCAUUUCCACUCUUCACACAACAUAACCUCCAUAAUAACCACACAUAGUUCAUGGAUCUACCAAAGCAAUCUUCAGCUCAGUGAGUGAACUCGUUCGUGUUUCCGGGAGAAAAGGAUGAUGCUGGAUUUGGGUCCGUUCUCAAGCGAGAACUACGACUCUAAGAAAUGGAUCAACGCCGCUUGCCAGAGCCGUCACCCGCAGGAGCCAGUCGACAAGCACUUUGUCGACAUGGAGAUGAAAAUCCAGAUGGUCUCCGAGGAGAUCGCCGCCUCCCUCGAGGAACAGAGCGCCGGCGCUCUCCUCCGAGUCCCCCGCGCCACCCGUGACGUCAUCCGACUCCGUGACGAUGCCGUUUCUCUCCGCUCCGCCGUCUCCGCCAUCCUCCAGAAGCUCAAGAAGGCAGAGGGAUCGUCCGCUGAAUCUAUAGCAGCCCUUGCUAAAGUUGACGUUGUCAAGCAGAGGAUGGAAGCUGCUUAUGAGACAUUGCAGGAUGCUGCUGGAUUAACUCAAUUAAGUUCAACUGUGGAGGAUGUAUUUGCUAGUGGUGAUCUCCCUCGUGCUGCAGAAACUCUGGCUAAUAUGAGACAUUGCUUGUCUGCUGUUGGGGAGGUUGCUGAAUUUGCCAACAUAAGAAAGCAACUUGAAGUCUUGGAAGAUAGGCUAGACACGAUGGUGCAGCCCCGCCUUACUGAUGCAUUAUCGAAUCGCAAGGUUGAUGCUGCCCAAGAUUUGCGGGAAGUUCUAAUCAGAAUUGGGAGAUUUAAGUCUUUAGAAUCGCAGUACACAAAGGUUCACUUAAAACCAAUAAAGAAGCUCUGGGAAGAUUUUGACUCAAAAGACCGAGCCAAUAAGUCUGCAAAUGAGAAGAACGAAAUGGAGAGGAUAUCAAGUAGUGGUGAUUUUCAGUCAGCUUUGCCAACAAUAUCGUUCUCCAGUUGGUUGCCAAACUUUUAUGAUGAACUACUACUUUAUCUUGAACAAGAAUGGAAAUGGUGUAUGAUUGCUUUUCCAGAAGAUUAUAAAACUCUAGUCCCAAGGCUACUAAGUGAGACUAUGAUGUCUAUAGGUUCCAGUUUCGUAUCUCAUAUCAAUGUUGCCAUUGGAGAUGCUGUUCCUGAAACGAAAGCACUUGCUAAAGGCUUAUUGGAUAUAUUAUCUGGAGAUAUGCAAAAGGGUAUUAAGAUUCAGACUAAGCAUCUAGAGGCAUUGAUUGAAUUACACAACAUGACGGGUACAUUUGCGAGGAAUAUUCAACACUUAUUUUCGGAUUCUGAUGUCCGAGUUUUAAUAGAUGUCCUGAAAGCUGUGUACUUGCCAUAUGAAUCAUUUAAACACAGGUAUGGACAAAUGGAGCGUGCCAUCCUUUCCUCAGAGAUUGGAGGAGUAGAUUUAAGAGGAGCUGUUAUUCGAGGCGUGGGAGCCCAAGGAGUAGAACUCAGCGAAACAGUUCGCAGGAUGGAGGAGUCUAUUCCGCAAGUUAUUAUACUUCUUGAAGCAGCUGUGGAGAGAUGCAUCAACUUCACUGGAGGUUCUGAGGCAGAUGAGCUAAUUCUUGCUCUUGAUGACAUAAUGUUACAGUACAUUGCUACUCUGCAAGACACUCUCAAGUCACUAAGAACUGUAUGUGGUGUCGAUUAUGGUAGUGAUGGUACAAUAAAGAAGGAAACGGAGAAGAAGGAUGGAAACCCAAAUGCUCGAAGAGUUGAUUUGAUCUCAAAUGAAGAGGAGUGGUCCAUAGUUCAAGGGGCAUUGCAAAUCCUGACAGUUGCAGAUAGUUUGACAAGCAGGUCUUCUGUAUUUGAAGCAUCUUUGAGAGCUACACUUGCUAGAUUGAGCACGAGUCUAUCUUUUUCAGUAUUUGGUUCAAGUUUAGACCAAAACCAGACAAUAAGAAGUAGUAAUGAAGAUGGGGAGCCAUAUUUUGGUGGAAGGGCUGCCUUGGAUAUGGCAGCUCUGCGGCUUGUUGAUGUGCCGGAAAAGGCUAGGAAACUCCUUAACCUUUUGAAUCAGUCUAAAGAUCCCCGAUUUCAUGCACUUCCUCAUGCAUCUCAAAGAGUUGCAGCAUUUGCUGAUACAGUGAAUGAACUUGUAUACGACGUCCUCAUAUCUAAAGUACGGCAACGCCUCAGUGAUGUGUCCCGAUUGCCAAUUUGGUCAUCAGUAGAGGAGCAAAGUGCUUUUCAUCUUCCUACCUUCAGUGCAUAUCCACAGUCCUAUGUGACCAGUGUUGGUGAAUACCUUCUUACUCUACCCCAACAAUUGGAGCCACUUGCUGAGGGAAUCUCUAGCAGUGAAAACAAUGAUGAAGCUCAGUUCUUUGCAACUGAAUGGAUGUUCAAGGUCGCAGAAGGGGCAACAGCACUGUACAUAGAGCAAUUGCGUGGGAUUCAGCACAUUUCGGAUCGUGGAGCGCAACAGCUGUCAGUUGAUAUUGAGUAUCUUAGUAAUGUGCUAUCCGCUUUGUCGAUGCCAAUCCCCGCGGUUUUGGCCACAUUCCAAAGUUGUCUGUCUGCGUCAAGGGACCAGUUAAAAGAUCUUCUCAAGUCAGAUUCAGUAGAUAUGCCAACAGCAAACCUUGUGUGCAAGAUGCGGCGAGUGAAUUUAGAUUCAUGAGUGUUUGCUUGCAAACCUUAUGCAGUUGAGUUGCACCCCCUUCUAUUCUCCUUUUUGAAAUGUAUUCUUGAUUUGCAGAGAACAUUCUUUUACUUCGGUAAUACCUACUAUUAGAGCAUUCUUUUUUAGUUUUAGGGUGAGCAUGUGACAUAUCUACUUGCAUAUUGAAUUAGUAACUAGUUAGAUAAAGCUUACAAUCUGCAUAAUUGUUAUAGUAUAUAUUGGAAAAAAAGAUUAGUCUUUCAGUAAAUAAUGUAUAUCAUUGCU